AUGUCGUCUCAAUUCUCUCACCAAGACCACGGCCAUCCGCCUCUACCACCCGACUGGAAAGCGCAAUGGGUGCCAGAAGAGAAUCAAUACAUGUUUAUUAACGAGCGCACCGGUCAGAGAUCCUGGCACCACCCCGAAGUACCUCAUUCCGGAAAUUACGGGUCUGGCACUCGAGAUAUCGGAGGCCCCCCUGGCCAAGGAAGCUACGGCGGUCCUCCUCCGGGAGGUCGUGGUUAUGGUGGUGGUCCUCCUCCUCCUCCUCCGGGCUCUGGCUACGGCGGUCCUCCCCCUCCAGGCGGUCGUGGUUAUGGUGGUCCUCCACCUCCUAAUUACGGUGGCCCUUCUCCGGCCGGCCGAGGUUAUGGUAGUCCAACUCCUCCACAAGGUUAUGGCAGCGGUCAUCCUCCGCAGGGCUACGGUGCUCCACCUCCGCAAGGAUAUGGAAUCCCAGCGCCAGCACAGCAGAAGAACCAUAACUUGGCAUACGGUAUCGGUGGCGGCGUUCUCGGUGCUGCAGUGGGUGCCUGGGCAAUGCAUGAGCAUGACAAACACAAGGAAGAGGAGAAAGAAGAAGAAUGGCGCGAAGAAGAAAAACGUGUGGAACAACACGAACAUGUACGGGAACGCGAGCAGGAGCAUGAAAUCCAGGAACAGCGGCAAGAAUUGUACGAAGAACAGCGCGAAAUUCAGCGCGAGCGCGACGAGCGCUACGAAGUGGAAGCCCGCUAUGAGAAUGAACGGCGUUAUGAUGAUGAACGACGCUUCGAGGAGGAGCGAUAUGAGGAUGAGAGGCGCUACGAUGAUGAGAGACGCUACGAGGACGAGCGCCGGUUCAUUGAAGAUGAGCGGGUUAUCGAGGAGCGAUAUGAUGAAGAUCGAUGGUGA